UGGACUCGUUCCAUUUCAGACUGAAACAAAAACGCAUUCUCGAAAGUUGUAUCAGUCCCUUAAACCCUCUGAAAACAGAAACGAACAAACAAAAAUAGAAGUUAUAGAAAAAUGAGGCAGCACUCGCUUGCCUUCUCAGUCCUGCUCGUUCUUUGCCUUUUUGGGUUCUCUAAUGCAUCUCUCCUGCCAUUUUCAGACCGUCCUUGGAGUCUCCUGACUGACUUCUGGCUGGACCGUUUACCGGACCCCUUCAGGGUCUUGGAACAUAUCCCACUUGGUUUCGACAAGGACGAUUAUGUGGCACUCUCUCCAGCCCGAGUAGACUGGAAAGAAACACCUGAGGGUCAUGUUAUCAUGCUAGAUGUACCAGGAAUGAAGAAAGAGGAGGUGAAGAUUGAAAUUGACCAGAAUAGGGUGUUGAGAGGAGUGGAGAGAGGAAGAGAGAAGAAGAGAAAAAAGGAGAUCACUGGCACAGAGUGGUGGAGAAAUCGUAUGGUGACACGACUAAAAGGUUGAUGUCUUUUUUCAAGUGUAGG